CCGACAUUUCCGAGUAGCACUGGAAGGCGCCACACCGGGCUGUGUUGUCAGGGUAGUGUGUUUGUGUGUGUGUGUCGAGCAGGAAAAAUGGCCGGGAUUAAAGCUCUCAUCAGCCUUUCCUUCGGAGGGGCCAUCGGCCUCAUGUUCCUCAUGCUUGGAUGUGCCCUCCCUGAUUAUAACAGAUACUGGCCUUUGUUCCUCCUCUUCUUCUACAUCCUCUCUCCCAUCCCGUACUGCAUCUCGCGGAGGGUGGUCGACGACACAGACUCCGCCAGCAACGCCUGCAAAGAGCUGGCCAUCUUCCUCACGACGGGCAUCGUCAUUUCAGCCUUCGGCCUGCCCAUCGUCUUCGCCAGAGCCGAUGUUAUCGCCUGGGGGGCGUGUGCGCUCGUGCUAACGGGGAACAUAGUCAUCUUCGGGACCAUCCUGGGCUUUUUCGUGGUCUUCGGAUCCAACGACGACUUCAGUUGGCAGCAGUGGUAAAAGAGCAGAGGGCCGGGGCGGGGCGGGGGGGGGACCUUAGUCGGAACUGUUUUUAUUAGCAUUGCAAUGAUUAUUAAUAUUAUUAUUAUUAUUAUUAUGGUAUUACUGUUUGGUUCUUGUUGUUGUUAUUUAUAUGACGACCACCCAUCCAUAGACUCACACCAAACCAGUGCAAUACUUUAUGUUGUUUUUUAUUAUUAUUAUUAUUAUUAUUAUUUCACCGCCUGCAGUUUUGAACUGAUACAAGUAGGAUGGAAAACUUUUUAAGUUUUGCGCUCUGACUUCCGUGUUGUGAGUCCUCGUUCCGUGUGCCCUUCGUUCAUCUGAGGCUCCUUUGUGUUAUCUGUGAAGAAGAAGAAGAAGAAGAAGAGUGAAGGAUGAGAGUUGCAUGAAGAGCAAUGUGCUGGUCUGAUGGAAAAAUCUGCACAAUAUGAGCUCAAAUUUCACCACAAGGCUAAAAAAAAAAAGUUCACGUUUUUGGGUUCAAACAGUCUCAUCGUCUCAUUAAAGGGUGAAACUUCAGCUGAUAUGAUGCAGAUUUGAGUCUGACGACGUGACCGACACUAAAGCUGUGAAGGUUUUUUUCCUCGUGGAAGUGCAGGGCUGUUACACGUGGUUUAAAUAUUCCCCCAAAUCACACAAAUUGAGGAGCAGCGUGCGAGGAUUCGUUCCCUUCACCACAUCUGCAGAGAUCAAAUUAAACCGACGUAGCGAUUUCCCCCCCCCCCCAAGGUGCCGACGAGAGGAUGCAGGCCGCUCGUCAUUAUCACCACAUAGCUCUCACCUCACCGUACGUACGCCUUCUCCUCCUCGUUAGGUCAAGGAAACACGGUAAAAGCCUCUAGCGGCGGCCGGCUAGCGUAGGAUUAGCUCGAGGACAAGCAGCCUCGUUGGAAACUUGGCCUAUAAGACCUGCGCUACGUCUUAUCCACUCAGUCACUUACAGCCUUUUUUUAAGCUUUCAAAUGUGACUCCUUCAAAGUAAAAGAAUCCCGGAGGCAGUGCUCGGGCGUUAUCUAAGCACAUUAGGUCCAGAUCUGGUGGCACGCACGCUGCUGCAUUUCCUCACACCAGCAUUUCCAGGAUAUAUUAAAAAUAGAAAAAAAAUAAAUAAAUAAAAAAAAGCAGAAAUAAUAUAAUGUUUAACUUCCGUAUUUUCUGGCUGUGCGUUGGUUCAAGGUCGGAUUAACUGCAUUAAUGAAAGAUAAAACAAAGCUGUCUUGUUAAAACACUGGUGUGUUGAGUUGGUUUUUACAUUUUGUCCUUUUUUUUUUCUGUUUGAAAACGAGCUCUGUAACAAAACAAAAAAAAAAGUUUGUUUAAAAUGCGUCCUACCAUUACAAGAAUAAAGUGUUUUAGUCCUAGAAGGUUCUUCCUCCUUGCACAGUGGGUUCCCAGCUAAAGUAUUUACACAUUUUGUCCCACAAAUAAAUACGUUUUCUGUAUUUUAUUUUUAAUUUUUUUGCAGAAAAUUCAAUUUGUCUUAGAGAAUCAGUUUCUUAUUUUGGGGAAUAUGGAUGGAGGUAAAAACGAUGUAGAAUAAAGACUGGAAAUCGGGGAAACAGUUUAUUAAGUCGACACAAACAGACAGUUUGUGUUUUUUUUAAGUGAGUUUCCUGCUUUAACUGUAAAACAGACGAAUCAAACAUGGAAAUCUGUGAAUUUAAGAGAAACUGUGAUUUUAUUUUAUUUGCUUUGAAAUUAGAUGUUUCCCCUGUUUUUCCAGCCUUUUAUAAAACCAAACCCUGAGACAAAAUACAAUUAAAAUAAUGAAAACAUGUACAGAGGAGGAGGAAAGCACUGGAAAUCCUACGAGGAACCCGCUAAACACCACUGUCAAUUAAAACGAACGCUGCGGACGUUCAGCAUUGAUUGUAUUUAAGGUCUUUUAUUUUCCAUUUAUUUUAUUUUUUAAAAACGUAACCUGUGUUCAAUAAGCUACUACUGACUUGAUUUGUGAAUCCGAACAAAGUUACUGGGUGUGUUGAGGUCGGAAUGAGCCGUGAACGUCUGUAUAUGUUGAAUUUUAAGCUGAAUAUGUCAAAACGUUUUUCUAGUCUGGUGCGAUUCCUUCUGAUGUUACGCUUUCUGGUGUGUAGCUGUGGGAUGGGGAUUCAUUUUAUUUUAUUUUAUUUUUUUUCUUCGUUGUAUUUAUUUAUUUUGUGGGGGGCGCUUUGUGUUAAUGUCCAUUUUCUAUCUACAACUAUUGAGUUAAAAGAUGCAGAAGUCAGCAUGGUGGUUCCUUUUUAUUUUUAAAUAAACGCCAUUUUUGAACAUC